AUGGUGAGUGGGAAUUUGUUUCACAGUAGAAAGAAUUCUUGGCCACCGGCGGAGUAUAUCAACCGAAACACUUUGCAUUUGCUUGAUUUUGAUAGUGCUGCUCCUCCCGAACAAGCAUGGAGAAGGAAUUUAAAUAGCCAUGCUAGUAUUCUUAAAGAAUUCAGUGUUACAUUUACAGAAGCAAUAAAAAUGUUUCGACUUGGGUUACGUUUGUGGCAUUAUAUACGGGAAGAGGCAUCCCAUGGAAGGAAAGCACCAAUCGAUCCUUUUACUCGAGAGAGUUGUAAGCCUUCGGCAUCACAAGGAGUUCCACUUGGAGGAAUGGGAAGUGGAAGUAUAUCCCGAGGUUUUAGAGGGGAGUUCAAGAGUUUUCAAAUUCUUCCUGGUGUAUGUGAGACUUCUCCUGUCAUGGCCAAUCAAUUUUCAAUUUUCAUAUCUCGAGAUGGAGGGAACAAAAAAUAUGCAUCAGUUCUGGCUCCUGGCCAGCAUGAAGGGUUAGGGAAAUCUGGUGAUCUUGGUAUUUCAUCAUGGGGUUGGAAUUUGACUGGUCAGCACUCUACAUAUCAUGCACUAUUUCCUAGGGCAUGGACGAUAUAUGAUGGUGAACCAGACCCAGAAUUGAAGGUGUCCUGUCGGCAGAUAUCACCAUUUAUACCACACAAUUAUAAAGAGAGCAGUCUUCCCACAGCUGUUUUUGUUUACACUUUGGUAAAUACUGGCAAGGAAAGGGCAAAGGUCAGCCUUCUUUUUACAUGGGCGAAUUCAAUUGGAGGUAUCUCGCACCUGUCAGGAGAUCAUGUGAAUGAGCCAUUUAUAGGAGAAGAUGGAGUUUCAGGCGUACUGCUACAUCACAAGACAGCAAAAGAUAACCCUCCUGUUACUUAUGCCAUAGCUGCAUGUGAAACUCAAAAUGUGAGUGUAUCGGUUUUGCCUAGUUUCGGAUUGACUGAAGAAAGCUGCGUAACAGCGAAAGAUAUGUGGGGUAAAAUGACAGAGGAUGGCUAUUUUGACCGGGAGAACUUCACCAAGGGGCCAACCAUGCCAUCUUCACCUGGAGAGACUCAUUGUGCUGCAGUUUCUGCUUCUACAUGGGUUGAACCUCAUGGAAAGUGCACCGUCGCAUUUGCUGUUGCAUGGUCCUCUCCCAAAGUUAAAUUUCGUAAAGGGAAAUCCUAUAAUAGGAGAUACACUAAAUACUAUGGCACUUCGGAAAGAGCUGCUGAAGACUUGGUGCACGACGCACUGACAAAUUAUAAGCUGUGGGAAGAAGAGAUCGAGAAAUGGCAAAAUCCUAUCCUCAGAGAUGACAAGCUACCAGAAUGGUACAAAUUUACCCUGUUCAAUGAGCUCUAUUUUCUGGUUGCUGGAGGAACAGUUUGGAUUGACUCAGGUGCACUUGCUCAACAGGCUACGGAUGGUGGUUCUAGUAAGUAUGUUGAUGUUGGUUCCAGAGAUUGUGAUGAAACUACUUUUGAUAGAUAUCCAAAUAAAGACAAUUUGAGUACUACUGAGAAUGGUGAACCGAAUUGUUUUACUUCCUAUAACAAGGCGAUGGAGCCUGUGAACGAUACUGAUGAUGUAGGUAGGUUUCUGUAUUUGGAAGGUGUGGAAUAUAUUAUGUGGUGUACAUAUGACGUACACUUCUAUGCAUCUUUUGCUCUUCUUGAGCUAUUCCCCAAAAUAGAACUCAGUAUUCAACGUGAAUUUGCAAAAGCUGUCUUAUGUGAGGAUGACAGAAAAGUGAAGUUUUUAGCUGAGGGGAAUUGGGGAAUCCGCAAGGUGAGGGGAGCUGUGCCUCAUGAUCUUGGAACACACGAUCCAUGGCACGAAAUGAAUGCAUAUAAUAUACAUGACACUAGUAGAUGGAAGGAUUUGAACCCGAAGUUUGUGCUCCAAGUAUAUAGAGACUUCGCUGCAACAGGCGAUUUCUCUUUCGGAGAAGAAGUGUGGCCUGCUGUCCGUGCUGCAAUGGAGUACAUGGAACAAUUUGAUCGGGAUAAUGAUUGUCUAAUUGAGAAUGAUGGGUUCCCAGAUCAAACGUACGAUGCUUGGACUGUUCACGGGAUAAGUGCUUACUGUGGUUCCUUAUGGCUUGCUGCACUUCAAGCUGCAGCCACAAUGGCCAUUCAACUUGGUGACACUCAAUUUGCAGAAAAAUGCAAAGGUAAAUUCAUAAAGGCCAAAGCUGUAUUUGAAGAAAAACUUUGGAACGGCUCCUACUUUAACUAUGAUAGUGGGUCGAGUAAUAACAGUAAAUCAAUCCAAGCCGAUCAACUGGCUGGACAGUGGUAUACCGCAUCUUCAGGCUUGCCCGAUCUUUUCGACAGUUUUAAGAUUCAAAGUUCGCUUCAGAAAAUCUUCGACUUUAAUGUUAUGAAAGUCCGAGGAGGCAGGAUGGGUGCAGUAAACGGAAUGCAUCCCAAUGGAAAGGUGGACGAGACCUGCAUGCAGUCCCGGGAAGUAUGGAGUGGAGUAACCUAUGGAGUUGCUGCAACCAUGAUUCUUGCUGGGAUGAAGGAGCAUGCCUUUACUACGGCAGAAGGUAUAUUUAUCGCAGGCUGGUCAGAAGAGGGAUUCGGAUACUCAUUUCAAACUCCGGAAGGAUGGACCACCGAUGGUCACUUCCGAUCUCUUAUAUAUAUGAGGCCGCUUUCAAUAUGGGGAAUGCAAUUUGCAUUAUCGUCGUCUAAGACUAUACUCGAGGCCCCUACGUUCAAUGUAAUGGACAGUAUCGUUGAGUCCCCGCACACUGCAAACUAUUCUUCGCAUAACGGAACAGUAAUCUUGUCGCUUCUCUCCUUCCAUUCGAAGGUCACUGAUGGAGCCGGAUCUGUUUUCUUCGUGGAUAGUCCAAAUCACCAUUAUCUUCGCCCUCCUUCCUCUGAGGGACAGACUGAUGCACUGUCCCUCCCAGAAGUUGGCGCUGCUGUGUCAGUGUUACUUGGCUUUGCACCCCCUUCUACACUUUCUACUGCUAGUUCUUCCAAGUUGAAUGGAGUGCUUAUGCCUAAUCCAUUUGAUAGGCCCCGUUCUGUUUUCAUGCUUGAAGUUACAGGAGCUAUUGAUUCUCACCUGGUGGUUGACUCGGACAACUCUGUUUUUACUAGUGCCUUCAGGACCAAGGUGAUGGGUAGUGAACACAGAGUGGAUGUCCAACUUUCGGAUGAAGAUGAAGUAUCUGUGGUCUCUUUGAGCGAUCUAUUGAGCUAUGCUGAACUAUCAGAUAAAGAACUCAGUGAUUUUGCAUCUUGGUUGGGUGGAUCAUAUGUAGAAGAUGCAUCGGGACCACUGAAUGGGGAGUUCAUAAUCCCCAUGGCAAAUGGUGCCAAUCUAAGGCUUUUUAUGUCUAAGAAUGCUGACAAGGAAUUCAUAAGAAGUCUUGUAUCCCUCAUUCAUAAUAUUCGAAGAGCAAUAGACUCGCGUCAGGAGUUGUCUGAAAGUCUGCACAGUCCAGCUGAGCUAAUUGCUGGGAGAUUUGAUGGAAUCAAGGUUUUGCAAGAACAUUAUGGAGCAGAAGGCAUUGCUGAGAAUGGACUAGAAUUAUUUGUUACUUCAGUUUCUAAGAUAUUUGAUUCCUUACAGGCUGCAUACAAAGGUCAGAUUGUUGGAGUCAUUAUCUAUGGUGAAACAAUUACCCCGGAAUCAGAGAAUAUGUUAAAUGUAGUAGUCACUUCUCGACCAUCUUCACGUCUGUUGGAGGAAACAAAAGUCCCUGCCAAUUUAACCACCAUUGCAGAAGUGAUAUUGGUUAGAAGGACCCUGGCAUGGAUAACAGGAAUUAUUCUUUUGAUUGCUACUUUUUUGGGGGUAUACUUUCUUCUGAACAUGCCUCUUACCAAGGACACACUGCUGUAUUCUAAUCUCAAUUAUAUGAGACUUGAUGAUCUGGGGAAACAGUAUAUACAAGUGGGAGAGGAAGAUAGGAUGUUGACUGUGGACAUUGCUGAAGGGACUUGUGAGCUAUCUGUUGCUAUAUGUAUUUUGGUAGCUCGGUUCUGGAUUUACGUAUUUUCUGUAUCGGUUGCUCUGAGUAGUGCACAUUAG